GUUUCCUCUUCUCUUCCCCAAAUGUGUGGGGGCUGUCAUUGACCUGGAGUAGCUGCAAAACUGAAGUCGCCGAAUGAUGAUGUUGUGAAGUCGCCCGUCCGUUCCUGCCACGCCCGGGCGGUUACUGGCAGCAGCGGCCGCUUCUGCUGCUCCUCUCAGGCUGCUGCCGCUUUAGAGGCUUCUCCCCGAGCAAGCGCGUGCCAAGGACGGAGGACGCCGGACCAUUCCUGUCAUGACCAUCCAAGGAGUGAUAAUCACAUGAGAGCACUCAUUGCUCCAGAUGUCAUUUGACCAUCAAAAAAAAAAAAUCUGUUUAAAAAAAAAUAUCCACUUGACCAGAACCUUUCUUUUUGAAUGGCUUGAUGGAUUUCCUUUACUCUGAUUCAAACCAAAGCUGUCCUGCUCAACCAAAACAAGAAAGGAUCUUGCAUGAGUCAAUCCCAGAAUGCCACUUCUACAUCACCGAUGGGUGAAGAAAACCUCAUGAAUAUCAAUCACAGAGACUCAGAGAGCAUCACUGAUGUGUGCUCCAAUGAAGAUCUCCCUGAAGUCGAGCUGGUGAGCCUGCUAGAAGAACAGCUACCCCAGUAUAAGCUAAGAGUGGACUCUCUCUUUCUAUAUGAAAAUCAAGACUGGACUCAGUCCGCACGCCAGCAGCAACAUGGAUCUGAUGCCCUCUCUCCAGUCCUUGCUGAAGAGACUUUCCGUUAUAUGAGCGGAUUCUUAACCACUGCGUUACCAGGGAAGUCCCCAAAGUUCCAGUCUCACCAAGGGAAGAGGAGACAGUCAGGAGUUCUAGGCACAGACAGGGUGGAGCAGAUGACCAAAACUUACAAUGACAUCGACAUGGUUACACAUCUCCUGGCAGAGAGGGAUCGUGAUCUGGAGCUAGCUGCUCGAAUUGGACAAGCUCUCUUAAAGCGGAACCAUGCCUUGUCUGAGCACAAUGAAGCCCUCGAGGAGCAAUUGGGACAAGCCUUUGAUCAAGUUAAUCAACUGCAGCAUGAGCUGUCCAAGAAAGAUGAGUUACUUCGAAUUGUCUCCAUUGCUUCUGAAGAGAGUGAAACUGAUUCCAGCUGCUCUACACCUCUUCGCUUCAACGAGUCCUUUAGCUUAUCUCAAGGUUUGCUGCAGUUGGACAUGCUGCAAGAAAAGCUCAAGGAACUGGAAGAAGAGAAUAUGGUUCUUCGAUCCAAGGCUUGUCACAUAAAGACAGAAACGAUUACCUAUGAAGAGAAGGAACAACAGCUUGUCAGUGAUUGUGUUAAAGAACUUCGUGAAACAAAUGCUCAGAUGUCCAGAAUGACUGAAGAAUUGUCUGGGAAGAGUGAUGAACUGAUUCGUUACCAAGAAGAGAUUUCCUCUCUCUUGUCUCAGAUUGUAGAUCUUCAGCACAAACUUAAAGAACAAGUGAUUGAGAAGGAAGAACUGAGACUUCACCUCCAAGCUUCCAAAGAUGCCCAAAGACAACUGACCAUGGAGCUGCAUGAGUUACAAGACAGGAAUAUGGAGUGUCUGGGAAUGUUACAUGAAUCCCACGAAGAAAUAAAGGAACUUCGGAAUAGAUCUGGCCCUGCUGCUCAUCUCUACUUCUCCCAGCCGUACGGAGUUUUUUCUGGGGAAUCUCUGGCAGCUGAGAUUGAGGGGACCAUGCGUAAGAAGUUGAGUUUGGACGAGGAAUCUUCUCUCUUUAAACAAAAAGCCCAACAAAAACGGGUAUUUGAUACUGUCAAGGUUGCCAAUGACACACGGGGCCGCUCUGUCCCAUUCCCAGCUCUGCUACCCAUUCCAGGCUCCAACCGUUCAAGUGUCAUCAUGACAGCAAAACCUUUUGAAUCUGGUUUACAACAAACAGAGGACAAAACAAUCCAGAAGAGUAACUUGGAGGAAGAUCCAGGGAGUGUCCAGAAGGUCUGUCAACCAGAAUGCUCUGCAGAGAGCGAUUUGGCUACAGCCCUGCAUCGCCUGAGUCUGCGGCGACAGAACUACUUAAGUGAGAAGCAGUUCUUUGCUGAAGAAUGGCAACGGAAGAUCCAGGCUCUGGCUGGCCAGAAAGAAGGGGAUAGUGACUGUGGCAUCCCCACAGAGAGCCUUGCCUCCCUCUGCAUUGACCAGUCGGAGAUCACAGACCUGAGCAGUGCCAGUUGCCUUCGAGGUUUUAUGCCUGAAAAAUUGCAAAUUGUCAAGCCCCUUGAAGGAUCACAAACUCUGCACCAGUGGCAGCAGCUUGCUCAACCAAAUUUAGGAACCAUUCUUGACCCACGACCAGGUGUCAUCACUAAAGGCUUUACCCAGUUGCCCAAGGAUGCCAUCUAUCACCUCUCAGAUUUAGAAGAAGAUGAAGAGGAAGGUAUCACUUUUCAGGUUCAGCAACCUCUUCAAGUGGAACAGAAGCCAUCAGUAUCCCAGCCAGUAACAGGGAUCUUCCUGCCGCCCAUGACUUCAGCUGGUGGUUCAGUUACAGUUGCAACCUCAAACCCAGGAAAAUGUCUGUCCUGCACAAACUCAACAUUCACCUUCACCACCUGUAGGAUAUUACAUCCUUCUGAUAUUACUCAGGUUACCCCCAGCUCUGGCUUCCCUUCAUUAUCCUGUGGAAGUAGUGGUAGCAGUUCAUCAAACACAGCAGUGAAUUCUCCUGCUAUGUCCUAUAGACUCAGCAUUGGUGAAUCCAUCACCAACCGACGAGAUUCCACCAUAACCUUCAGCGGCACCAUGAGCUUGGCCAAACUUCUACAAAAGCAAGGCAUCUCUGCUAAAGCAUACCACAGCCCAGUUUCAGAGAACCCCCUCCUCCAGCCUCUCCCUAGAGGCUUGGCUAUCCCUUCCACACCACCAAAUUCACCGUCUCACUCACCUUGCCCUUCUCCUUUGCCCGUUGAGCCUCGAGUGCAUCUCUCUGAAAAUUUUUUGGCCUCCCGACCAGCUGAAACAUUCCUCCAGGAGAUGUAUGGCUUGAGACCGUCCCGAAACCCUCCUGAUGUUGGCCAGUUGAAGAUGAACUUAGUGGACAGGCUGAAAAGACUGGGGAUAGCCAGAGUGAUCAAGACCCCUGCAGCCCAGGAAAAUGGAAGAAGCCAAGAGGCAGAAAAUGGUCUUCAAAGACCAAACUCUGCUGUCUAUUUAAAUUCAGGUAGCAAUUUAUUGAGUGGACUGAGGAGGAAUCAGAGUCUUCCAGUCAUGAUGGGUAGCUUUGGCACCCCAGUUUGCACAUCAUCACCCAAAAUGGAUAUCCUGAAGGAAGACUGAGGUUCAGCAGUUGACUGACCUCUUAUACAAGUUAGCACAUGAAGGAAAGAUUUGCACUGAUACAUGUAGUCUUGUCUGAGAGAAAAGGAAUGUUGCAGAAGGGUUGUGAAUGUGGGAAGGGGAAAGUGGAAGAACGGAAACAGAAUUGGCAUGAGGUCUGCCUGAUAAAUUGAAAGUAUAAAUGAAUGGGUCAUGAGUGUUUGGAAGCAGAGAAAGAAGAAAUGUUUAAUGCUGUCCUCCAGUUGGUAUUUCUUGUCUUGAAAAUAAAAAGUGACUAGAAAAUAAAUUCAGUAAUAUUGGAACAUACCAGAAAUACUGAACUUGCUAGCACAUUUACUUCUGGUGAGCAUAAGCAGGGAGGACCCAGGUUAGGAGAUGGGAAAAAAGAAGGAGCAGCUUUGACCGUUAACCUUUAGAAAGCUGUUCUAGAAGGUUGCUGGAGUAAACUCAGUCUGUUACUGAGACAACAGUGAGAUGGCUUAUCUGCUGGCCCCUGUUAAUGUCUGGUUAAAUUACACCUCCAUCAGAGAGUAUGCUCACUGCAUUAUCAAACAAGGAAUUUUACCUUUUUCAUAAGAUCAGACUAGUGGAGACUCCCUUUUUGCUUUCUGUUUUCAGGCCUUUGAGCCACGGGGAUCCCAAACAUAAUCCACAUUCCUUUUGCAUUUGUGAUUAAUAAGAGUUAAUUUUUUUAAUUUGUAUUUUUAUACAAUACCCCCCCAAACAACAUGAGUGGGGGGUAGGAGGGAUUUACUUUAAGAAGGAAAAUAUGGGUACAUCGGAACCAAGGAAACUUGUUUUCAGAAUAUUUUUUCUGAAUAAGUGCAUUGGCCAGGGUGUAUGAACAUAAUUACUGUACAUGUCUUUCAAAUUUCCUUGGAGGCUGGAUGGGUUAAACCAGAAGUGCAAUCAAUAGGAAUUAGAGAAUGUUGUGUAUUUAUCUCUGUGAGUUUUUUUGGAAGGAAAGUUGGUUGCAACUAAACUUUUUCGAAAAUGUGCUAUGCAUACUUUUAAUGAAAGAUGACAUAUAUUUGCACAAAAGUUCUCAGGCACAGCAAAUUAUUAUAAACUGAAGUAAAACCCAGGUGCUUUCUUUGAGAUUAUGUUUUUUUAAUAUAAAAUAAUAUUAAAACAUCUGCCUUUUUCUUCAUAUCCGCAGAAUUAGAGAAUGAACCUUUUUUAAUGGGAAAGUCAAACACUUUUGCUUUUUCUCUGGGAUUCCUUUUUUCUUUUUUUUAACUAUGUGAAAUGGCAAAGUGAAACUCUGGGAUUAGGUUUCAGCUUUCAGCAGUGUGACGCAAGGGUUGAAUUGGGAAAAAACAGAUCUGUUUUCUGAGCAUUGCUGACCGAGGUCUGCUUCUCAUCAGAUGACAUGGCUUUAUCUCGGCCAUG